UAUCAACUGCGGCGUCGCUUUGUUUCCAAAGGGAAAAAAGUGCGAAACCAAGCAUUAUUUUGUUUGCAUUUUCGCUCUAGAAAUAAAUUUAAAUUCCCGAAAAAUACGACUUCAAUAUUUUAAAACGCCUCCGCUUUGCUCGUACAGCCGCAGGCGAGAACAACAUCAACACCAACAGCCACAAAUAUUCCGAACGACCCCGGAAGAAAAUAACAAGCAAAAACAAUUUUCGGCCGCGAGGAGUACCGGAUGAUGGUUCCAAUCGGUGGACCGGUUAGCCACGGUGGCCAUCCGAUCCACAUCCCGACGCCGAUCCAGCAGAAUGCCCCGCCUCCCCAGUCCCAGAGCCAGCAUGCCCCGCCCAGCAACCAGAACCGGCAGUCACUUUCGGUGAAACCCAACUACACCCUCAAGUUUACGCUGGCCGGUCACACCAAGGCAGUUUCGGCGGUCAAAUUCAGUCCCAAUGGCGAAUGGUUGGCCAGUUCCUCGGCCGACAAGCUGAUCAAAAUCUGGGGCGCCUACGAUGGCAAAUUCGAGAAGACCAUCUCCGGCCAUAAGCUCGGCAUCAGUGACGUGGCCUGGUCUAGCGAUAGUCGGCUCCUCGUAACGGCCAGCGAUGACAAGACACUCAAAAUAUGGGAACUCAGCUCCGGCAAGUGUCUGAAAACGUUGAAGGGCCACACCAACUAUGUGUUCUGCUGCAACUUCAACCCGCAGAGUAAUCUGAUCGUUUCGGGAUCGUUCGACGAGUCGGUGCGGAUCUGGGACGUCCGGACCGGCAAAUGCCUGAAGACGCUGCCGGCCCAUUCGGAUCCCGUUUCGGCGGUCCACUUCAAUCGGGACGGAUCCCUGAUUGUUUCUUCCAGCUAUGAUGGGUUGUGUCGUAUCUGGGACACGGCCAGUGGGCAGUGUUUGAAGACGUUGAUCGAUGACGACAACCCUCCGGUAUCGUUCGUCAAAUUCUCCCCCAAUGGAAAGUAUAUUUUGGCGGCCACCUUAGACAACACCCUGAAAUUGUGGGACUACUCCAAGGGUAAAUGUUUGAAAACGUACACCGGCCAUAAAAAUGAAAAGUAUUGCAUCUUUGCUAAUUUUUCCGUUACCGGAGGAAAGUGGAUCGUUUCCGGCAGCGAGGACAACAUGGUGUACAUCUGGAACCUGCAGAGCAAGGAAAUCGUCCAAUGUCUACAGGGCCACACGGAUACGGUGCUCUGUACCGCAUGCCAUCCGACCGAGAACAUUAUCGCUUCAGCGGCGCUCGAAAACGACAAAACGAUAAAACUGUGGAAAAGUGACACAUAAAAGCGAGCACCUCUGCUAGGUUACUUAGCGAGGUGAAUUUCGAGUCAAGAAUUGCUGCUACCCAUCAUCUGGUAUUGGACAUCCCCCUUUUCUCUACCCAACCAAACAUGCAAGAAACAUUUUUGGCUUUUGUCGAAUUGUGUCCGACAAAAGCACUCAAUAUACCUACCUACCUACCUAUUGACUCUGUCUUCUACCCCUUCAAAGCGCGAAGGAUAUCGUAAGGAAUCAACUACUAUCUACUAUGAAUUUUGUGAACUGAACCAUUGAGUUGAGUUGGCUGGAAAGAACAUUUGACUUGACCUAAGCUGAAAUAUAAAUAUGCUAGCUUGUAAGGUAA